AUGUCUCACCCUGGACGACUUGAGGGUAAGGUGGCCAUUGUGACCGGGGGUGGGGCCGGAUUUGGAGUCGGCAUUGUCAACAAGUUCACUUUUGAGGGAGCCAAAGUACUCAUCUUUGAUAUCAACGAAAAUGACGCGAAGAAGACCGCAGCUCUGCAGCCUGAAGGCUCCGCAUUGGCUAUGAGAGGUGAUGUCUCCAUGGAAGCGGAUUGGAAAGCUGCCUUGAGCCUUGCGGUGGACACCUUUGGCAAGUUAGACAUCAUCGUCAACAACGCUGGGGUUGUUUACAACGCGUGUUCAAGCAUCGAGACGACUGAGGCCGACUACGAUCGAGUCAUGAGGGUCAACCUCAAGUCCCUCUACUGGAGUUCCAAUGUUGUCAUUCCACACUUCUUGGCUGAGAAGAAGGGUGGAAUAUUUAUCAAUAUCUCUAGCAUGGCGUCAGUCCGACCCCGACCAACACUUGUGUGGUACGGGGCCAGUAAGGGAGGUCUUACCAACGCAACCAAAGGCCUAGCGAUCGAGUGGGCGAAGCACAAUAUCCGCUUCAAUGUUAUUCAUCCCGUCGCAGGGGAAACCUCCAUGUAA